AUGAGUGACAGUCUUCAAUAUCAUCAAAGAACCCACACAGGGGAGAAAACAUUUGAAUGCUCAGAGUGUGGAAAGAGAUUCAGUCACAGUGGCAGUCUUCAAUAUCAUCAGAGAACCCACACAGGGGAGAAACCUUUUGAAUGCUCAGAGUGUGGAAAGAGGUUCAGUCGCAGUAGCCAUCUUCAGCAGCAUCAGAGAACCCACACAGGGGAGAAACCUUUUGAAUGCUCAGAGUGUGGAAAGAGAUUCAGUAGGAGUGGCAAUCUUCAGCAGCAUCAGAGAACCCACACAGGGGAGAAACCUUUUGAAUGCUCAGAGUGUGGAAAGAGGUUCAGUCAGAGUGGCCAUCUUCAAUAUCAUCAAAGAACCCACACAGAGGAGAAACCUUUUGAAUGCUUUGACUGUGGAAAGAGAUUCAGUCUUAGCAGCGAUCUUCAGUACCAUCAGAGAACUCACACGGGAGAGAAACCUUUUGAAUGCUCAGAGUGUGGAAAAAGUUUCAGUCAGAGUGGCCAUCUUCAACGGCAUCAGAGAAUCCACACAGGGGAGAAACCUUUUGAAUGCUCACAGUGUGGAAAGAGAUUCAGUGAGAGUGGCUCUCUUCAAAGGCAUCACAGAACCCACACAGGGGAGAAACCUUUUGAAUGCUCAGGGUGUGGAAAGAGAUUCAGUCAGAGUGUCAACCUUCAACAGCAUCAGAGAACACACAGAGGGGAGAAACCUUUUGAAUGCCCAGAGUGUAGAAAGAGUUUUAAUCAGAGUAGCCAUCUUCAGCAGCAUCAAAAAACCCACUCAGGGGAGAAACCUUUUGAAUGCUCAGAAUGCGGAAAGAGAUUCAGUCAGAAUGGCCAUCUUCAACGGCAUCGGAGACUCCACACAGGGGAGAAACCUUUUUGA